AUGACCAUCACCUUUACAGUCCUUCUCUGCUUCGGACUGUGUCUGGGCCAGAUGACCCACGUGCAGGCAGAGACGCUGCUCACACCCAUCAUCUGGGCAGAGCCAGGCCCUGCGGUGGCCCAGGGGAAGGCUGUGAGCAUCUAGUGUCAGUGGUCUCAGAAAGCUGACCAGUACUUCCUGUACCGGGAAGGAGUCUCAGAGCCCUUGAGAAGGGAGUUUCCACUGGGACCCAGCAACAAGGCCAAGUUCCCAUUCCCACAUAUGACCUACCACCUUGCUGGGCACUACUCCUGCUUGUAUCACAGACAAACAAGGUGGUCAGUUCCCAGCAAGCCUCUGGACUUGGCAGUCACAGGAAUGUUCAACAAACCCAACCUCUCAGCCCUGCCCAGCCCCAUUGUGACCUCAGGAGGGAGCGUGACCCUCCAGUGUGGUUCAUGGCAGGAUUUUGACUGGUUUGUUCUGUGUAGCGAAGGAGGAGAGGGCCACCCCAGACACCUGGAUCAGCACCAAGCUGAUGGGUGGUUCCAGGCACUCUUCACUGUGGACCAUGUGAGCCCAAGUCACAGGCGGACAUACAGGUGCUAUGAUUAUUUCUUGAGCUCUCCCUAUGUGUGGUCCACCUCCAGCCACAUUUUGGAGCUCCUGAUCUCAGGUGUGUCUAGGAAACCAUCCCUGUCAGUCUUGCCAGCGCCGGUGGUUGCUCCUGGACAGAGCCUGACCCUCCAGUGUCGCUCUGAUGUCGGCUACGACAGAUUCACUCUGUCCAAGGAGGGCGCACGGGACCCUCCCCAGCUUCUUGGCCGACAGCCCCAGGCUGGGCUCUCUGGGGCAGACUUCUACCUGGGCCCUGUGAGACCCUCCCACGGGGGCCGGUACGCAUGCUAUGGUGGACGCAAGCUCUCCUCCGAGUGGUCGGCCCCCAGUGACGCCCUGUACAUCCUGGUCGCAGGUGAGGAGUGGCCAACUCCCACCCUGUCUGCCCAGCCGGGGCCCUCUGUGGCCCCGGGAGAGAAUGUGACCCUGCGGUGUCAGAGCCCCAGUUUGUUUGAUGUGUUCCUUCUGUCCAAGGAGGGGGAAGCCGGCCCCCCCCUGCACCUCAGAUCUCAGCACCAAGAUGGGGAGUUUCAGGCGAACUUUGACUCGUGCCCUGCGAUGCUGGACCACGGGUGGACUUACAGGUGCUACGGGUCACUCGGCAGCACCCCUUUUCUGCUGUCGCACCCCAGCGACCCCCUGAAGCUCAUGGUCACAGCCCCACUUCCAGAUCACACACUGGAGAAUCUCAUCCGAAUGGGUCUGUCCACACUGGUCCUGGUGGAACUAGCAGUGUUGGUGUUUCAGGCGUGGCACAGCCAGAGAAGUGCCCAAGGUGAAACCAAAAGCUCCAGCCCAGCUGCUGCCGCCCAGGAGGAGAGCCUCUGUGAGAGGAAGGGGAUUGCCCUGGGGGUGGGCUGGGAGGGUCUGGGGGUAAGGGAUGCUGCCGUGCAAGACACUCAGCCUGAGGAGGGGGUGGAGCUGGACCAUCGGGAGACUGCUGCAUCUGGCGCCCCCCAGGAUGUGACCUACGCCCAGCUGAACCGCUUGACCCUCCGACGAGAGACAAGUGCAUCCCCUCCCUCCCAAUCAGGGGAGCUCCCAGCAGAGCCCAGUGUGUAUGCUGCUCUGGCCAUCCACUAG